UGAAUAAAUAUUAAUGUUUUACCAAUUAGAAGAACGCCAAGCGUUCUAUUUGGGAGAUGGAAAUCGAUUUUAUCAGCCAGGCUUUUACAUGUGAACAGAUAAAUUGGAGUCUACACUGAUUGUUGGGUAUUUUCGGAAUUGAAUUAUUUUCCAAGAUUAUGCUUUCUAGUGAUGGGCUACCAUUCUUCGUUUCAUGACGUCACCAAUGCCCAUGUCCUGCUUCUGUCGGCUGUGUGUUGUAUUCCGAAACGAAAAGUGUGAGAGAUGUCUGUUGCUGAGAAAAGUAGUUGAGUGUAUCCGUGUUUAUAGUGAAUAAGAUUCGAAAAUAUUAAAAUAAUAGUUAGUUUAACUAAAACAAUAAGAAUGCCUCUCUUUGGGAAAAAAGAUGCUCAGAGAAAAAAAGAAACCCCUAACGUAGAAGAUAAAUAUGAGUUUAAGGACUUACUUGGCACGGGUGCCUUUUCUCAAGUAGUACUAGCUGAAAGUAAAGAGGAAAGUUCCAAAAUGUAUGCGAUAAAGUGCAUUGACAAGAAAGCUUUGAAAGGAAAGGAAGAUUCUUUAGAAAAUGAAAUUAAAGUUCUUAGGAGAUUGAAGCAUCCCAACAUUGUGCAACUUGUGGAAACUUUUGAAGAUAAAAAUAAGGUUUAUCUUGUUAUGGAAUUAGUAACUGGUGGUGAGUUAUUUGAUAGAAUUGUUGAAAAAGGGAGUUAUACAGAAAAAGAUGCUAGUCACUUAAUUCGCCAGAUUUUAGAAGCUGUAGAUUACAUGCAUUCCCAAGGUGUUGUCCACAGAGAUUUAAAGCCAGAGAAUUUACUGUAUUAUAGUCCAGAUGAAGAUUCCAAGAUCAUGAUUAGUGAUUUCGGUCUCUCCAAAAUGGAAGAUUCAGGAAUAAUGGCUACUGCAUGUGGUACACCUGGAUAUGUAGCUCCUGAAGUUCUUGCACAAAAACCAUAUGGCAAAGCUGUGGAUGUUUGGUCAAUAGGAGUCAUUGCUUAUAUCCUCCUUUGUGGAUACCCUCCAUUUUAUGAUGAAAAUGAUGCCAAUUUAUUUGCACAAAUUCUUAAAGGGGAAUUUGAAUUUGACUCACCAUAUUGGGAUGAAAUUUCAGAUUCAGCAAAAGAUUUCAUUAGACAUCUAAUAUGUGUCGAUAUGGAAAAAAGAUACACGUGUAAACAAGCAUUGGCACAUCCAUGGAUUAGCGGCAAUACUGCUAGUGACAAAAAUAUUCAAGCCAGUGUCAGUGAACAGUUGAAGAAAAAUUUUGCCAAAACUAAGUGGAGGCAAGCUUAUAAUGCCACUGCCGUGAUUCGCCAGAUGAGGAAGUUAGCAAUGUCAAGCACUGGGAACUCAAUGGACAGCAGCACAAACCUACUCGGAACUUCCUCACAGGCUCUUAAUUCGACAGCUGGAGCAACGUCUCUUUCCAACAAAACACCUAGCAGCACAGCAACACCAACAAAUUAGGUUGUUUAUUUAUGAUAUGUAUAAUGAAGCAGUCAAGGACAUAUGACUGAGGGUUAUUUGUGAAAGAGAAAAAUCUGACUGAAGAGUUAUGCAGACACAUAUUGCUUCAAACUGCAUGCCCUUGGUGUAAUUUACAUUGUAAUUUAACAAAAAAUAUAUAUAUACUAUAAAUAUGUAUACAUACAGUACUAUGGAGGCAAUGGAAAUAUUAGGAAAUCCGAUUUUUUCCCUCUGAAUGUACAUAAGAAACAAUGCAAUACUACUAGUAUUUUAUUUCUUGUUAUCAACCUUUCCUUGCCAUUUGUUUAUGGGCUGGACACAAUUUUAAUACAUUUAAAUUUAUUUACAGUGUUGUGAAGAAAUAAUGUAUUGUUCUGACACUAACCGAGUGGUUAUGUAGUAUUUCUAAUUAUAUACAUAAUUUUUACCUUAUGAAUUUAAUCGCUGGUUUCAUCAAUUAAAUUGAACUGUUCUUUUUAAAAAGAAUUUGAUUUUAUUCAUGAAAAUAAGCUUUUUAUCAUCUUUUUUUUAUAUCAGAGCCUUAGAUCUUGAUAAACAUGGGGACAAAUAUUAUUUUAUUAAUGCCCUAUUCUGCUCCAAUUGUGUUGAAGCUUUUUAGAUAAAAACUUUUAAAAAUGACGUAAGAAGGUUUUAAGAUGAAACCCUUAAUGAAAGGUAAAAGUUUGAAAUUGCUAAUGUUAUCUGCUGGGUUUUUUUUUUCUUGCUGAUAAUAUUUAUGUAUACAGUCUUGUGUAAAAUGGAUAUAUACAGAGUUAUACUACGCUGUUACAUAUGGAAUUGGGUUAUACUUUCCAGAAAUUAUUAUAUUGCAAAUAUAGUAUGUAUGAAAAGUAAAAAACACACAAAAAAAGUUAAACUUUAUGGGCAUAAAGAUUAUUCUGUUGUAAAAUGAUUAUGAAUGUGCAAUGUGUUAUUGCAAAAUUGCUUAAGUAAGAAUAAGAGUUUUUCUGAUAAUAAUAAUUAAAAAAAAAAGCUCAACUGAAAUUCCACCAGUUGGUCGAAAAUGCAUUUACUUUGCUAUAUUUUUGUAUUAUGAAAGAAAACUCACUUCUUACUAAGCAUUUUUGUAAUAGUUAUCAAGAUUCAAAGUAAUAUAAAAACAAUAAUUCAGGUUGAUUAAUUUUAUAAUUGUCAUAUUAGUCAUGCCUAAAAUUCUUCCUUAGUCGUGAUUUGGUGCAUGACCACAUCACACAUACACAGUUUACGUCAUAGAGCAAAUGAUGGUAGUGAUAUCCCUAUCUCUAUACAAUGCUCUGCAACCCUUCAACUGUGAAUAGAUUUUUCCUGCCCUGGAACUUCCGAAACAGUACACUAAAAUGGAUUCUGAUAAUCUGAGAUAGUUUAGAGAAUGAACACUACUUUUGUGAGAGGUAAUCUUUCCUGUAUCAAGUACUGCAAAAUCUGUAGAUGAUAGACCAGUUGGAAGGCCAGACAAAUUUGAGAAAAAAAAUCACAUUUAGUGGAUUAAUGCAGUUUUUGUGGGCAGGUCCAGAUGGAUAUUGGAUUUUUCAAAGUAAAUGCAUUUUUAAUCAACUGGUGGUUUUCAGUAGAGUUUAUUUAUUUUUUAUAGUUAUAUUUAAAAAAAAUCCUGAUUCAAUCUGUACCUUUCUUUCACGACUGCAUUUUUCUAAUAUAAAUACGUAAUAAUUAAAAACUAAACUGAACUCAGUGACGCGACUGUCCCUGGUGAGCCAUAUGCCUACUCUGUUCAUCUUAGUUUUCUUGACCGUGGGCUCUGGGGUGCAGAGCAGAGAUGCUCCACUUAGGUUGUCAGCCAAAUGCAGACACCCAAGCAUGCUUGGUAUACUCAUUUUAUCUACCCAUUGAAGGGAUCGGAGGCUGAGUCAACUUUGCCCGAUCUGAGGAUAGAACCUCGAACUUGUGGCACAGAAGCCUGACCUCUCAGUCGUUGGUAUCGCAUAAUAUAUAUAUUAAACAUUGUGUUCUCAUUUAUUUCUUGCCUUUGAUCUCAAUUAUUUUAUUGGUCUCAUCAUGAAGACAAGAUUUUUUAAGUAUAAAUGCAGUUUAAUUAUUGCAAAAAAAAUAUAUUUUGUAAUGUUUAAUUUUUUUGUCACAAAUAUAAAAUUUAAUAUUCUGUUUGAUAAUUAUAUGGCUUUACAGUUGUACAUUUUCAUUGCAUUUAAUGUACAUUUACUGAAAGUUUUGUGUGCAGUCCAUAAACAAUGUACUUGUUUGUGUUUAUAAAUUUAAAAUAUACUGUAGAAUAUAAAAAUCCCAAGAAUAUAAAACCUGGGAGAGUUGAAUUUUUAAACAACCAUAAAUAUAGUGAUGCAUAUAUAAAUAUAUCUAUAUAUAAGGAAUUCAAUGCCAUUUACUAUUUAUGAAAAGUUCAGCUAAAAAUAUCUAUUUUAUUUCUAUGUUCAUUUCAAAUGCUGCACAACUGUUUUUUGAUGUAUAUUGUAUCUGUGAUGUAAAGUGUGUUCAAGUGCCAUUUGCCACCCUAACUUGUUUAAUAGAAGGUGGAUUUUAUUUUUAGUACUGUGUAAUUGAAAUUUAAUUCUCAGUAAUUGUUAGUUGAAUUUACAUAUUGUCUAUAAAAAUGAUUUCUGGUUUUAAUUUUAUUAACUAUUUCCUUGUUAUGCUGUGUAAAUAAAAUAUGAGUGUUAAUUCA